CUGGUGGACUUCAGGUUCCUGAGAGGAAGGACUUUAGUUUCGUAAAGCCAAAGGUGGUAAAAGAAACGGCAAGACAUAUAGGCGUUGCACGGAAUAGUCGUCUGUUUAGUAGUCCAAAUUUGAGUUAAGUGACCAUGUCAGACAAGACAAUCAAAUUUUGGAUUAUUGAUGCUUUGGAAAAUCUGUCAGCCAAAGAUUUAAAGAAGUUCAAAGUAAUGUUAUGCGAUCGGGAGGAGGAACCGCGCGUUACCAGGCGUGCGGUCGAAGAUGCAGAUGAGAUGGACUUGGCCGAUCUUUUGGUGAAAAUGUGUACAGAAUCGAAGGCAGCGCAAGUAACUAUUGACACUUUUAAAAAGCUUGGAUUUAACAAUGAAGCUACAAUGCUUGCCUCCAAAGUUUCGAGUGGAGAUGGCAACUCUGCAGGUUCAAAAUACAUGACCGCAGGUCAGCACUUCAUCGACAAGCAUCGUAUCUCGCUGAUCGAGAGAAUCACCGCGGUGGACCCCAUCUUGGAUCGCCUGCUGAUGAAAAAAGUCAUCACCCAGGAGAACUACAGCGACAUCCGCUGCCUGAACACCAGUUACAAGAAGAUGAGGGAGCUGUUUGAAAUGGGAAGUAUUCGCAGCAGUGUGAAGGGCAAGGACUGCCUGUAUGAGGUGCUGAUGGAGUCGGAGCCCUUCGUCAUGGAGGAGCUCAGGGAGAGAUCCUAAGUCCAAAAGUCUUGGCACCUGCUCAUUACCAAAUGUGGAGGACUUUGAUUAUCAGUGAUCCACAGUGUGUCACUUGUCUCAAGGAUUGUGUUGAUAAUUCCACCAUUCAGACUAAUUUCUCUGUGAACUAUUACAUGAACUGAGGAGGGAGUUGUGGCCUAUAUGCAUCCCAUGGGGAACCGGGUCCAAUAGUGAACUGCAAUCAUUUCUCUGAGGUGCUGUGCCCUCCUGCCUGGCUGUGACCAUAAUAUGUGACUGACCAUAUUAUGCUUCACCUGUGAAUUGCAGUCAGGGAGGUGGAGGAGGCGAACCCAACAUCAAUAGUCUCAUCUCCCAACCUUAUAUUUAGGUUUUUUGUUCAAUCAGUAAUUUUUUUACAUGAAAACAUGAAGGCAAACAGGAAUAGGUAUUCUCUCACGUUUUUAAAGCACUUUUUAAAGCACUCUGGCUAUAUCUGCCCUGAAAGAAAUUCACUGUUUAUUAUAAGCAUGAUGACAUUUGUUGACAUUUGUAUAAGCAUGAUGACAACAUAAUGACAAACAUGACUUUUUUUUUAACAAUUUACAUAGCCCUAUUAACAGUAUAAUAAAUGUAUCUUGACAACUCCCAGAUAGUGUGUUUAGGUGGUUAAUGUUGAGAUUAAAGUACAAGCCUUUCAUCACUGGUAUCAGGGUGGUUAAAGGUGCUCCUGUGGAAACACUUUAGCACUGACCAGUAUGUCAUAUCAGAAAAAGGUUUCAGAACAAUUUUGGUUUGAGGUUUUUGGGAUCAACACACCCUUCACUCCUGUCCCGAAGCAACGUAUUCAUUGGCUGUUCUAGUGUAUAGCUUAUUUCGAGGCACGUAUAUUGAAUCACAGAUUAACCUUAGAUGGCAAAAGGACCUGUGCCCUCAAAAACAAAUAUUCAGACAGAUUUUGAUUUACGAUAAUAUUUUCAUAUUUUAUCACUGGUGUGUGUUAUGAUGCUGUGUCCUACAUUUGUAUCUGCUGUGAGCAUUGAGAAUAGCUGGAGGGCUGAAACGUCUGCUCUUGCUCCCAAAAUUAAAUGAAAAAACUCCUUUCUGAAGACUUUGUUUAAAGUAGGCUAAUUUCUUUCAGUGUGCAAACUACUCCUCUCUCUCGUGUCCUACAUUUGACCAUAUGUCAUACUGUAUGUUCUAUAACAAAUGCAAUAUCCCUAUGUUGAUGGCUCCACACAUAAUUUCUGCUCCUCGUUAGCAUUGCACAGCAUCAUGUGUCCAACAGUUAAGUGCUAAUGGAAAAAUAAAGUCCUAUAUUGUGAUAAUUGGUAUGCAAAUUACAAAUACAAAAUCCUCAGAACCAGUGGCACAAUUCAGAUUAAACAUUAGAAGCACACUACACUGGCUUCAAAUGUUUAUGUAUGUCCAAUGUAUUACUAUGUUUCCAUAUCCAUACAUAUUUACCUGUAAGAGAGGUAGAGUUAGGUACCUUCACACCACUCUGUGGUGCAGAUUCCAAAACUACGACCUGUACAGACAGGUUCAGUUCUCUAGGUGAAAUGUCAUCUGCUGUCAACAUACAGUAUUUUCUAAACAAUCAGUUGCAAUAACAACAUUCCAAACCUCCAUUUAAGACUCCGCUUUUAAGAAUCUAAAGAAAGAGAAAAAGACUCUGGAGGAGAUAAUAGAUUCAAAAAUUAUACCUUAACUACUGGGGAAAACAGUAAAUGAGCAACUAAAUGCUUUCUAAUGAAAAAAUACAGCAGGCCUAUAUGCAGAUUACAAUAUCCAUCUGGAAAAUUGCUUGCCACAACAUAACAAUACAAUUACCAGAUACAGUAUUUUGUCCUCAAUACAGAUUAAUUAAUCAACACACCAAAUUAUAAGAUCAUUGUUAGCAUUUAUCUGACAACUCUGGGUUUUUUUGUGUUUCCUUAUGCCAGCUCUAGAGCCAGUUUGUGACAUGCUUGAUACACAUCUUUAGAUGUUAUGAUAUUAGAACUCAUGAUCACCAGAGGCACCUCGUUCAGUAUAUCCUCCUGAACUUAAUGGUGCCCAAAGACCUAUGGUGUCAGCCAUGCAACCCUCAUGACUUGCAGCACCGUGUUACUGACAAACUUCACAGUAGCCAUUUCGGUAUGAUACACCCACCUAUCAAGAAACAAAAUGUCAGUCAAUAGGUCACAUUAACUGAAACCUGCAAUAUAUGCUGGUUCAUACAUGCUUUUGGACUUACUUUAGGAUUUAAUUUAUCAUAUCAUCAACUUCAAGCCAAACAAAUGCCCUUCUUCAAAUACACUUACCCAAGAAAGUUACUCCAAAUGUACCCCAUCACACGUAUCUUUUGCAUCCAAACCUCUGUUGGCAAGAGAAUGAAUAAUGUUUUGUGACUACUGUAAUCAAUAAUCCCUGAUAAAGAGAGAAUGAAUAAUG